AUGGCACUCGCCGUUCCGGGACCUCAUUAUCUGCCUGCCCGAUUCAUUCCUGGAGAACACGGAUCCGAGCCGCGAAACGAAAGCCGAGCUGGUUUCUGCUCCUCUGAUUCCGCGGUCGCUCAGAAACUCUGCCGACACAAGCGACAAUACGGUGGGACGCAAGCGCCAGGCGGAGACAGCUUGGAAAUGUCCCCGUCUCCUCCUCAUAGCUCGACUCUUUCGUCUGCCUAUCACCUCUCCUUAGUCACCCCUCAUUACUGUCAGACACCUCUGCUCCUGCGCCUGUGA